CCUAUCUUUGGUUCGGUCCAACCGUUACACCGUGAUGAACCGGAUUUGAUGCGCUAAACCAACCUGUGUUAGCCGCGUUCAGCGACCGGAGCAGAGAUUUCAGCUCGUUUCGGAGUGCUUCCACUACGAUCACGCAAGGAUGGCAGACGACCGCAGUUGCGGGAAAUGAGGUGAUCAUCCUCUCGAGGGUUGAACUUCCGUUCCGCAAGACUCAACCAACCGGGGAUCUCAACGGUCGAGACAAAGGAUUAUAGGACCGUCCCUCGUCACCAGGUCACACGACCUGCUGCGACGUCUCCAAGAAUGGAUAGCGUCAUCUGAUCACAAGCUGCAAGCUGGUCGAGAACCAUAUCAACCUUCGAUCAACAACAGUACACCAUUCUCAAUCGGGUCGUUCCUACGAUAGUCGUCUUGAAAUAAUCACAAAGCAGGAUGGGUCACGUCUUUCGGGAACGUGUCUUCCCCCGUACCAUCUCUCACAACUCGUCUUGGUCCUCCGACGGACACAACCCCAUGUUCGAUAUGGACCUCGAAGCCGACGAUAGUGAAGAAGAAGACAUCCGCUACAGCUACGCAGCUCGGUGGAAUUUCUCUUCCCGGCCGUUCGAACCUACUCAGAAAGCCGGGCGGACGACUCGGACUUGGAGUCAGGAGCGACAAGGUUGGACCAGUUUGGGGACCGAGAGGAGAGGAAUGCCAAAUCAGAACGCUUGGCUACCAUUACUACCCCUUCCACAAGAAGUCAGGGAGGAAAGAGUUUACGGUGCGACUGCUCAGGCGGGUCCGAGGGCUCUAGUGGGGAAACACGCAGAGCCUCUAGAUAUUUACCGGGUCCGAGCUCGGGAUUACAGGGUUGUCGGACACUUCCUGGAUCAAUACCUCCCCGAGUUUGACCCUGGCGUUUCAUUCCCCGUUCUCCUUAACUCGGCCGACUGCCACGCCUGGGCCAUUCAGCCUUCCCGCACUCGGCCCGCAAGCGGAUGGACAACACAACCCGGCACGAGGUCUAUCUUGGAAGACUUCUGGAACGACACGCCACCUUCGACCCCUCCAUACGAGAGUAUCCCCCUGGGCCGGCGGUUUGAACCAAGCACUGGUACCCGAACGGAUGAAUCGCUGGAUCAUCGCUUACCCAUCCUAGGUUGUCUGAUCGUGAGGAUCAUGCCUGUCCGGAAACCUGAAUGCGACUUCGACUCGACUCCAGACUUGCAUAGGGGAAAACCACGAGCCGUCCUGCACUUCAUGGCGCUUGCGGUGGAUCCAGAGUACAGGAGGCUAAGGAUCGCUGAGAUGCUAGUUGGAACGGCGAUCGGCAAGGCAGGGGAGGUAGCAGCGAGCAAGGGAGGAUGGGGUUUGCCCUUCAACACAACGACGACAUCACCACCAACAUCAUUGUUAUCAUCAUCGCAGUCAUCAACAUCAUUAUCAUCAUCAGCAUCAUCAGCAUCAUCAGCAUCGCAUUCGCCCUCGGGCUACUUUGACAACAUGUACAAGUACCACCACCACCAUCAUCAUCAUCAUCACGACAAACAGUCACAAUCACAGCAUCAUCAAACACACGACACGAUCAGCAUCACCAUCGCGCUCAAAGCAGAAGGCAUCAUCAGACGUUCUAGAACUACGGGCGAAAAGGACGAAGGGAGCAUGUUGUUUUGGCAGCGGAUGGGCUUGACGACGAGGGUCGUCCGGCUCAGGGGGAGGUCAGGGUGGGAAGGGGACAAUACGCGGGACGUCCAGGUUCCCAUAGAUCGGUUGUAGAUUCGCGGCAAAGGGUGAUCACGAGCUUGAGAUGAGAGCAUAAUCGAUAGCAUAUCAUUACACUGGGCAAUGAAUAUGCUUACAGGCUGUGAAUUCGAAAACCCCUACCAGUCCCGUUCAGUUACAAUCCGUCUUAAAUGUCU